CUUAGUAAUUAACUCCCCAUUACAGAACCAGGUCCACCGUUGGUGUCUGCAACUUUCUCCUCUUCCUUCUUCCCUCCCCUGUUUACUUUCACGUUAAAUCCUAUUUCAUUCAUUUUCCCACCACCCAAACAAUCCCAAAGAGAAAAAAAAAACCACCCAUAGCCAGAAAGCAAGCCAAAAAAAAUGUCAGACGAUGAAACAGUGGAAGAGUACUUAUUCAAAAUAGUGAUAAUAGGAGAUUCAGCCGUCGGUAAAUCCAACCUCCUUUCUCGAUUCGCACGAAACGAGUUCAACGCUCACUCAAAAGCAACCAUUGGAGUUGAGUUUCAAACCCAGAGCGUUGAAAUCGACGGAAAAGAAGUUAAAGCUCAGAUUUGGGACACUGCGGGCCAAGAACGUUUCCGUGCUGUAACUUCGGCUUAUUACAGGGGUGCUUUCGGUGCUUUGUUGGUUUAUGAUAUUAGCCGAAGAGCUACGUUCGAUAACGUUGCUCGGUGGCUUGAUGAGCUUAACUCACAUUCGGAUACAACAGUGGCAAAGAUGCUGGUAGGGAACAAAUGCGAUUUGGAAAACACACGGGAAGUGAGCUUAGAUGAAGGUAAAAGCUUGGCAGAAUCCGAAGGGUUGUUCUUCAUCGAGACGUCUGCGCUCGAUUCGACCAAUGUCUGGACUGCGUUCGAGAUCGUUAUCCGAGAGAUCUAUAACAAUGUGAGCCGGAAAGUGUUGAGUUCGGAUUCGUACAAAGCCAGGUUAAGUGUUAAUAGGGUAAGCCUAGUGAAUGAUGAUGAGUUGAAGCAAUCUAAGACCAAGUACGCAUGUUGUUCUUCAUAGUUUUAUGUUUCUUUCCAUUGCAAUAUCAAAAGGGUUUUCUAAUAUUACUGUCUUUUUGCCUUGCAUUAACUUUGUUAUAUAAUGGAAUUUGAAAACUUUUGGUUUUGAAUUACUAAAAGUAUAAUGGAGUUCUAUUCUAGAGUUAAAUUGUA